AUGGCCCAUGCACCCGCGCGGUUCCGUCAUUUGCAUCCCACCAUCAUCAUGUCUGCUCAAAUUCCCUCUACUAUGCAAGCCAUCGUUGUCGAAGGCAAAGGCCAAGCUUCUAUCAAGGAGGUGCCUACGCCGAAGCCUACUGAUGGCCAGGUGCUUGUCAAGAUCCACGACGUGGCCGUUAACCCCACUGACUGGAAGCACCUCGACUUUUUUGGCAAGGCCAAUACGAUCCUCGGCUCUGACUUUGCCGGCACGAUCGUGGCCAAGGCUCCCGAUGCCAACACCUCCCUCGAGAUUGGCACGCGCGUGUUCAGCAUGACCCACGGCGGCUUCUACGAAGGCGUCGGUGCCUAUGCACAGUACCUUGCCGUGCAUCCCAACGGCCUCUGCCCGCUGCCCAAGGAGCUCUCCGACGAGACUGCGGCGGGCCUGGGCAUCGGCACCUACACGGCCAUAUUUGGUCUUUUCCAGAAAGAGCACCUGGCACUCCCCAAGCUCGACCCAAACACCAAGACGCUCCCGCCCGUCGACGAGUCGAAAAAGAUUCUCGUCUGGUCCGGCGCUUCGAACGUCGGGCAGUACGUGAUACAGCUUGCGCGCGCUUUGGGCAUGUACGUCAUUGCCACCGCCUCGCCCCGCAACCAUGAAUGGCUCAAGUCGCUCGGCGCCUCUGCGACGUACAACUAUUCUGAUAACGGCGUUGCUGAGCUGAUCGGCAAGGAGCACCCUGGGAUCUGCUAUGCCUUUGAUGCGUACUCGGAGAACAAUUCUGCCACGCAGUGCCUUACUGCGAUGGACCACAGCAAGCCGGGCCGCUACCUCAGCGUGCUCAACCCUGGCCCCGAGGAGCACAAGGCGAACCCCAACGUGCAGAUGAGCUUUGUCCUCUUGUACACGCUCGAUGGCCGCGAGUUGGACCUGUUCGGUCUCAAGCGCUCCAAGGAGCAAUGCAUGCAGGACGUGCGCUACUUUGGCGAGCUGAACGCCGAGGAGUAUGUGCCGAAGCUGAUUAUGAACGGCAUCCUGAAGCCCGCGCCGCUCCACCUGCUCAAGGGUGGUCUCAGCGCCGUGCACGAGGGCUUGGAUCUCGUGCGCACGGGCAAAAACUCGGGCAAAAAGGUGGUGAUCCCUUUGUAA